AUGCAGCCAUCAUUCCUGCACCUCGCUUCUCUCAUCCUUGCCGCCAGCUCGGUGUCUGCCAGGACCGUAUUCUCGGCUAUUGCUGUCAAUGGCGUCGAGCAGGGUCAUGGUGUCGCUGUUCGUGUUCCCACCUCAAACACUGCUAUCACCGACGUCGCCUCUAACGACGUUAUUUGCAACACCAACUUCAUCCAGCCCAUGUCGAAUGUUGUUGCUUCCGUGCCCGCUGGCGGUGUCGUGGCUGCGGAGUUCCACCAUACCUCAGCUGGCUACACCGGCCCCGACCCAGCAGAUCCCCUAGACCCCGAAGAGAAGGGACCAGUUCUGGCGUACUUAGCUGCCAUCCCUGACGCCACUCAAGCCGAAGUUACUGGCUUACAGUGGUUCAAGAUUUUCGAGGAAGGGUUGAACACUACCACUCACCAAUGGGGCUCUGACCUCCUGUUCAUCAACAAGGGAUAUGUGAACACCACUAUCCCGUCUUGCGUCAAGGCUGGCCAGUACCUUCUCCGUGUGGAGUACAUUUCACUAAUACAGGCUGCCCAGUACCCUGGUGCCCAACUUUUCAUGAGUUGUGCCCAGAUUGAGGUUACCGAAGGCGGCGAUGCCACACCGGAGACAGUCAGCUUCCCCGGCGCGUACACUCCGACGAGCGUCGUGACUGACCUUGACAAUAUAUCCAGCUAUACCGCUCCUGGACCUGCGGUCUUCACUUGCUGAAGUAGUAGAAUAAGGGAAACGCCUACAUGGGCAAUGCUUAAAAGGGACCCAAUGGUACCACCCAUGAG